AGGAAUUUGUUCCCCCAUGAUCCGGCUCCCAUCCGUCCCGACACGUGACUCCAAUCUAAACCCACUUCGCACGUAAUUUCUCUUUUUUGGCCACUUUCUGUAAUGGAAUAAAUCUGAGUAGGAUCUUCUACGUAGUAUUUCCUAAUCCAUCAUCAUCUUUCAGUUCUUCACUACACAAAUUCUGUGGAGACCCACUGACCAAUUUCCCUCACAAAUCAUCUACAGAUGGCUUCAUCUACUCUUAUCUGUGACACGGAGCAAUGGAAGGACUUGAAGGCCCAUGUCGACGACAUUAAAAAGACACAUUUAUGUGAAUUGAUGAGCAACACUGAGCGAUGCAACUCCAUGAUGGUUGAAUUCGAUGGGCUACUAUUGGACUACUCACGGCAAUGUGCUACCCUCGAAACAAUGGAUAAGCUAUUCAAAUUGGCAGAGGCAGCAGGUCUCAAAGGAAAAAUUAACAGGAUGUUUAACGGGGAGCGGAUAAACAGCACGGAGAACAGGUGUGUCCUUCAUGUAGCUCUCCGUGCUCCAAGGGAUGCAGUUUUAAACUGCGAUGGAAAGAAUACGGUCCCAGAUGUUUGGCAAGUUCUGGACAAGAUCAGGGAAUUCUCUGAGAGGGUGCGCAGUGGUUCCUGGGUUGGAGCUACAGGAAAACCACUGAAGGAUGUUGUAGCUAUUGGCAUAGGUGGCAGCUUCUUAGGUCCUCUUUUUGUGCAUACAGCUCUUCAAACAGAUCCAGAGGCUUCUGAAUUUGCAAGAGGACGCCAACUGCGCUUUCUUGCAAAUGUUGAUCCAAUUGACGUUGCUAGAAAUAUUACUGGGUUGAAUCCUGACACUACGUUAGUUGUGGUGGUUUCUAAGACUUUUACAACAGCUGAAACAAUGUUGAAUGCUCGGACAAUGAGGGAAUGGAUUUCAUCUGCUUUGGGGCCGGAGGCAGUUGCGAAGCACAUGGUUGCUGUCAGUACUAAUCUAACGCUUGUAGAACAGUUUGGUAUUGAUCCUAAUAAUGCUUUUGCAUUCUGGGACUGGGUCGGAGGCCGAUAUAGUGUUUGCAGCGCUGUUGGAGUAUUGCCUUUAGCUCUCCAAUACGGGUUCUCCGUUGUCGAGAAGUUCCUGCAGGGAGCUUCAAGCGUCGACAAACACUUCUAUUCAGCACCUUUUGAUAAAAACAUUCCCGUGCUUUUAGGUUUGUUGAGCAUAUGGAAUGUUUCUUUUCUUGGACACCCUGCAAGGGCCAUUUUACCUUAUUCUCAAGCCUUGGAGAAGCUUGCGCCUCAUAUUCAACAGGUUAGUAUGGAAAGUAACGGGAAAGGGGUGUCAAUUGAUGGUGUGCCUCUUCCCUAUGAGAGUGGUGAAAUUGAUUUCGGUGAACCAGGAACAAAUGGUCAGCAUAGCUUUUACCAAUUAAUUCACCAGGGGCGUGUAGUUCCUUGUGAUUUUAUUGGUGUUGUGAAGAGUCAGCAACCUGUGUAUCUGAAAGGUGAAGUGGUGAGUAACCACGAUGAGCUCAUGUCGAACUUUUUUGCACAGCCAGAUGCCCUAGCUUAUGGGAAGACACCACAACAGUUACAAAAUGAGAAUGUCCCCCACCAUCUUAUCCCUCACAAGACCUUCCCAGGCAAUCGGCCUUCUCUCAGUCUUCUGCUUCCAUCAUUGAGUGCUUACAAUAUUGGACAGUUGCUGGCAAUGUAUGAACACAGAAUUGCUGUUGAGGGCUUCAUUUGGGGUAUUAACUCCUUCGAUCAGUGGGGAGUGGAGUUAGGAAAGUCACUGGCUUCCCAAGUCAGAAAGCAACUUCAUGCAUCUCGUAAGAAAGGAGGACCUGUUGAGGGCUUCAAUUUCAGUACCACAACAAUGUUGAAGAGAUAUCUAGAGGAGAGUGCAGAUGUACCUCAAGAUCCACCUACUCUUCUUCCUCAUAUGUGAAUGCCAUCUUUGGUGAAGGAACUGCCAGCAACCUUUCAGAUGGUUUUGUUCAAGACCUCAUACUCUUCAAUAAAGGCACGAACUGUCCGUAACCCACUAAUUUACGUUUCGAUGUAUGAGUCAUUUUGAAUUUAGUUCAUUCCUCUUGGAAUUUUUUUCAAAUAACCCAAGUUUUGGCUGUUCUACUUACCCUGGCACUAUGCCAACGUGUACUGAAAUAAAUUCAUCAUUUGAUUUAAUAAAUGGUGGGAACUGACUUGGACGUUUCUUCAUUAGAUAA